UCGAAUCGUUCCUCGUCCGUUUAUGACCUUUGUGUGAAGUUAUAACAAUUCUAGAUUUAUCACUUUUUAUUAACAGACGUCAUUAUCAAAUUAGCAGAGUUAUGCCUCAAAAGACAAGGAAAGCCUUUUUUUGUGGACUACCUGGGCUUGGAAGGCUUUUUAAAAAGCGAUCAUCGAAAACCAAAAGAAUAGCACGCUCACCAUUAACAACUAGCCCUUCAUACGAGAAGACCACUAUUAGAAAAGAAUCUCCAAGAAAAACACCAGUAAAACGAAAUCAUGAAAGCUGCAAUGAUCUCAGUUUUGCUUCUGUGUCAGAGGAAGGAUCUCCAGCAAAGAAAAUCCACUUUGAAAGAGAGGAUCCGAACCCGGGAGAUCAAAUCUCUACAUCGCCACCGGUGGCUGAACGGAGCGAUUCGAAAGGUGUGCUUAGCCCUAAACUGAACCAAGAGGCAGUAGAAAACAUCGAAAACAUAGAGCCCAAAGUCAUGCUUAGCUUUUCUUGUGAUAACCUGGGAUGUUUGGAAAUUUCUGGCUGCCAAGAAAUCUGUUUGGAAGAGUCAGCAAUGGAACAAGGAUUUUUCAGGGAAAGCUUUGUAGAGGAAAGUGUUGCGAAUGCGAUCGAAGAGGAAGUUGUUGUUGAGUUUAAUCCGGCACCAGUGGCAAUGGAAGUCGAAGAAACUCGGCCAACCUCAUUAGGCGAACUUGAGGCAGCUUCUGCCGUUACAAAACAUAAAUCGCCUAUUCGAAGCCCUCAAGAACCUAGUACUCUCAUUCCAAGUCGUACAAUCGAACCAGAGCCAUCUAUUGUAGAAGAAACAAAAGAACUGCCAGUUCUGAAUGAAGUCAAUACCACAGUCACAGAUAAUGAAAACUGUGUAUCUAAAACUGAAGAAAAAUCUGAACCCAGUAUAGCUCCUGUACCAAUCAUUUCAAGGAAAGAGCCAGACUUCCAAACCCCAUUGAAAACAGAUCCGGUGUUCAAACAGCCAAUACCACCUAAAUCGUCCAGAAAGACACCAAAUCCGCUAAAAUAUAUGUUACGGUCAAAGUCUGUCUCGACGCCAAAUAAACAGAAGCACAUAGAAUGUAAACCUGUAAGUAAACUUGUAAUGAACACUCCUAACCCCAAUAGACAAAGACCAGAAUCAAUACUGGACGGGCAUAGUUACCGGUGGGUGCAAUUUCAGAGUGUGCUUGGAGCUUUGGAGUGUAUACACUCCUCUUGCAAGAGCCGAUUUCUGACGGCAUGUGAUGAGCAUGAAUUGAGGUAUGGUAAAAGCUCUGUGGUUAGAAUUGAGUGUAACAUCUGCAAAAAAGAUGUCUUUGUACAGACCCUACUGAAUGAGACUCCACAAAAAGCACACAAGUUGCGCUCAAAGUCCAUCUCAACACCUUGUAAGAAAAAGCAGGAAGAGAGUAACAGGGGGAGGGUGGGAACUGUGAGUGUGGCAUCCCACCAGCAGAUUGGAAUAUCUGCACUUGAUUGCUCAGUGUAUAAGUGGGUUGAGCUGAGAAGUGUGGUAAAUGCAAUAGAGUCAUUGCAUUUCUGCAAGAAUGGAUUUACAAUGGCGUGCAAUGAAAAGGCAUUGCAGCAUGGAAAGAUUUCACUGAUCCAGAUAAAAUGUAGCAUUUGUAAAGAAAAUGUGGCCAUACAAACUUAUGGGGAAGACACACGUUAAUAUGAUGUUAAUACAAUCAUAUGAAUCAGAAGAUCUUGUGGAACUUACAGAAGCUCAAAGAGUAUAAAGAUGUUUAAUUCCAUUUGGAUAAUUAGAUGUCCACAAGUUAAACCAUUUCAAAGCAAGCACAGUAGAAUCGACUAGCUGGUCUGAAGACAAAGAGAUUAUUGUCUGCAGGUCCAUUUUGCAGCAAAAAAAGAACUGGAUACUCAAGCAUUAGUUGUAUUAUUCUCUUGUUUUUUUUUUUUUUUGCUUCAGCUGUAAGGUCAGUUUACACUUGUGAAUUUUAUGCAUUUUUUGUUGCAUCUGAUGCUGCGAUUUUUCUCACAUGUGUACUGCACCCCAAAUCACAAAUAUGUAAAUGUGAUGCAACUUCACAAUUUUUGUCACAGCGAUAGUGCACCAGUUUCCAACAAGGCAGCAUGUGCUAUAGAAAAAUCGCUGAGAUAAAAAUCACACCUUUUAGACUUACAUUGCACUUUACAAUGAACUCUUUGCAGUGGUCUUGUCCCCGCAUAUCUUCGCUAUAUUUAGGAGUCGGCCAUCUAUGAGCAGCUGUGUACUCCUGGAGUGUGCCGAUGUAGUUCUCUACUGUCUCUGGACCCUUUGGAGGAGCGGUCUUUGGAUGCAAAGGGGAUAUUCUUGAUUCACUAGAUACCUGAAAUAAGAUAUACAGGGUCACAGCUAGUGGCCCAUAGCUAAUGACCUUCCCAUUCCCUCCUGCAGUACAGCUGGCAUCUAUUAAAGAAAAUGCUGGAAGAAAAUAAAUGUAUAAUGACAUACAUUAUAAAAGAUAAAUAAGAGCCAGCUCUUAUGCAAGUUUCCAAACCUGUGACAUCUUGUAUGUGGAACUGUUUCCUAGAGAAGGGUCAAAUGUCAGUUCUUCAAUUGCUUUUCUUGCUGCAUUCCCCUUUGCCUCCUUCUUUGUUGGACCAUAAGCGCGACAGCUACUCAGAACACCAUCAACAGUCACAUCACAUGUGAAUAUUUUGUCGAACCCUCGCAAAGACUCAUCAUAUUCUUGAAAGGUUACUUUAAGCCCAGCCUGGGCACAUGCUUCCAUAAGUGCACUGAUAGGAUUCUUGGUCAUAAGCACCUGAACCAGGACAGCUUUUAAUACUCUCUGUUUCAUGACUGAUGUGCUUGUGUUUUGUAGUCUGCUCAUUUUUGAAGGGGGUUCCUGUUGAAAUGGAAAGCAUUAGCUUUAUUGUGUGCAUUUUACUGGUUGGUGUUUUUUUAUUUGGGGGGGGGGCGGAGUAGACAGGUCAGUAUAUUCAUAAACAAACAAAGAGCUAGAUGAGUCAACAAUAAUAUAAAGAUAUCGGAAUAGGAAAUAGUCACCCCAUCCCCUACUUCCUGGGAGGGGGAGCAAUUAUUUUGGUGUUACCACGACAAAGGCUAGAUUUUUCAGCGAUAUUCUAAAGAUAUAUAAAUAAGGGACAGUCAACCCCAUCUCUUUACUUUCUGAAGAGGCAAAACUGGCAUUUUAGAAAGGAUUUUACUAAUUGUCUAAUUCUAAUUGUUCUAACGGGUCAAGUGAAGGAAGUCAUAAGACGGGUAUUCCCCCACCGUCUUCCCCUAAAAUAGGGGCGAAGCCAGAGGGUGGCCUAGAGCCCCCCCCCCCCCCUUUGGCAGCCAAAACAUUAUCUAUAAUACAGGAGAAAAUGCCUUGAAAGUCCCUUUUGGGUUCCCCCUGCUGUUAAAAAUCCUGGUUACGCCGCUGUAAAAUCCCUGAUUAAGUAAACUACAUACACCGCCGAUUACAAUAAAUCGUUCCUUGGCCAUACAGUUCAAACAAAUUAAAUGUCAAAUUAGUAAAAAAAAAAACUGUUUUCUCUUCUUGGAGUCAAAAUACAGCCGAUUUUAUAAAGAAAACUAUAAAAAAAGUGAAAGUUUAUUUCGCAAUACGCAACCAACCAAAACAAAAUAAAGUAAAAAUUGCAAAGUGAAGACCCACUAAAGACCUACCUUAAGAUAUAUGGCUGAAAAAAGCCGUUGCCUCGAGGAAAGGAAAGGAAUCAAAUUCUGCUAAAUAAGCACUAAGCUGUCUUUCUUUUUUCUCCGAAUUGAUUGCGUUUGUUGUCGUUAUCACGCCGAGGGAGACUGGCGAGAGACCUGCUUGUUGUUUCUCGGAAAACCGGAAACGCUGUUGACAUGUCCGAUCAUGGAUGUUUUCCUUUCGUCUCACAUAUUCUUUGUUUCAAACUGGUCGAAAGUGCUUUAAGCUUGUUUUAUAAACAGUAUAGCUUUUAAGAUUGAGGGAUAUUAGCUUUCAAAAUCUAAGUCGGGAUCUAUAGAUUUAUUCGCAUCGCAUCACCAAUGUUGGUACUCGAACCCGUUCAAAGUCCGUGUAUCGACACAUAGCGCCUGAUUUUAUUCCGUUACCCAGCUAAGUAGAUGCUUUUUCGAGCAAUUAAACCAUUCCACUGCUUCCCUAAGAAAAUUAUUUGGCCCCAAAUUCAAUUAUAUGAUGUCAUCAUAUAGCUCAUCCCUUCGUCAUCAAUGAUUUGAAAUUGAACAACAAGAGCAAACAAAGUUAUGGGAAACACGUGCACUAUUUCCUCCAAAGUAGAUUCGAGUAUAGCAAC